UGCGCUGCUCCGGAUUUCACAGAGUGUCAAGGGAAUGAAUAUUUGAAAUUAAUUUUAAUCUAGUUGUAUCGUUUCCAAAUCAGACUGUGUGGCGUACAUAUUAUUUUAAAAAAAGUUCAACAAUUUUCGGCUUCUAGGUGGCGAAAUUCUAAAUGUGUUAACUUUUCGGCCGUAUCGCGUCUCGUUCCAUCCCUUUCAUAACUAAAUAGAAAAACCCUACAAAAAAUAUAUAUAAACGUAUAAGAAAGCCCCAUUGCUGUGCUUUCGGCUACAAAUUCUACAUGUGUUAGAAGGAAUAAGAACAGGAAAUAUUUUAAAUUUCUGCAGCAAGUGGAAAAGCUAUUAUCGGCCUGCGCUUUCGUCGAUUGUCGACGAUCGGGCCGGAAACAGCUGACUCUUGUCACCACUACUUAAAUUCUUCUUCUUCCGUGCAAGUUUUUCGUGUCACCGGCUGCUUUUGUGCUAAUAUUUUCGUUUUCAUCGCGUUGCGUUCGCACUUUGAAUGACUACCAACAAAUUGGCAACGAAUUUGUACACUCAAAUCCACCAGAGACUCGCCUGUUCGCGCUUUCGGGCUUUCACGUCGGCCGGCUUUGUGUCUCACAAAACAAAACAAAUCGCUGGAGCUUCAAUCAAAUACGUGCACUUAAAAAAUGUCAAAUAUCGAUAUGGAUAAAGUUUACAUGCGCAAUGCAGCUGAAAGCAAAGAACUAAACAUAGUUUUUCGCUAUGUAAACGAAAACCUGAAGAUUGAUCGAGAAUUUAAUUUCAAUCGACAAAUGGAUGAGCAAAUUAAAGCAUUUUGACACGAAUUCAAGGAAAUGUUCAAAAGCAGAUGGAGAAAAAGUAAAAAGAAGGGUAAGAGUAACGAACCGGUGGCGGUUGAAUCUUCGGAGAUAAAUGUUAAACUUUAUAGAAAACAUGAUCUAAAUUUCAAUAAUUUAACAUUUACUGAACUGCUUGAGAAAAAUAUCAGCGGGAUAAAGCUUCGUGUGGUAGAUGCCACUUUCGAUAUGGUUUUCAAUCCACCAUGGAUUUUAAGCCUUAAAUUACCGAAAUGCAUGCUGGCUGGAUUUGUAAUUUAUCCGACAGCUUGUGAACUGCAAUUUGCCGGUCGUGAGCAUAGCAAAGGAACUUGGCUAAAAGCCAAGGAAUCCAAAUCUACCCAAUGGGAAGUCUGUGGCGAAGGUUUCCACUAUACUCCAACGCUUGAAGAUAUUGGAUACUACCUUAAAUUUGUUGUCACUCCUGGCAAUGAAAAAGGAUAUCAAGGUCCUGUGUUGGAAGAGAUUUCUAAAACUACAGUUCAAGCUGCGCCAGAUUUAUUUCCCUUUGAAGAUCGACAUCGUCAUACUUCUGAUUAUUUGAAAGUCAAUGAACUUCGAGUUGUAACCUACAUAUUGGCUGACUAUUAUGCCGAUAGUGAUUAUCCCGGUCGACAUUAUUCCCUAUUGUCCGCCAAAAAUUUGGAAAUUGAUUACAGAAAACAAUUAUUUAUCAAGGAAAUCGUUGGCUAUAAGGCUGAUCUCAUCUGUCUUCAAGAGGUUGAUCAAAAGAUAUUUGAUAUUGACUUUAAGGAAAUACUGUGGGCUUCACUCAAUUAUCAUGGUAUCAUGACCCCCAAGGGUACAUGUGCGGAAGGUGUUGCCAUUUUCUUUCGUAAAUCCCGAUUUGAACUCGUGGAGUCUCGAGUCUUGCAUUUAGGUUCUAAGAUACCUGAACUAUCCAUAUUUGAAAGUCUUUGGAGUAAGAUUAAGGUUAAUGAGCAAUUGGCAACACGUAUUUGUGAUCGAUCAACCACACUGCAGACGUGUUUGCUAAAGAUUAAGGAUACCAAUCGACAUAUACUUGUGGCCAACACUCAUUUAUUCCAUCCCGAUGCCGAUCACAUACGCCUUCUGCAAAUGGCCUUUUCCAUCAUUUAUGUUGAACACUUGGUCAAGGAAGCUGUAAAAGAUUUAAAACUUUCAAGCUCUCAGGAUAUUGGACUAAUAUUUUGUGGAGAUUUUAAUAGCGUUCCGGAAUGCGGAAUAUAUAAAUUGAUGACUGAACAAUUUGUGGAUAAAGAUUUUGUGGAUUGGCGUAGUAAUGCCGAGCAAGCUGUUUCGAAUGUGGAACUUACUCAGCCUUUUAAAAUGGCUUCAGCUUGUGGCACUCCAGAGUUUACCAACUUUACUACCCUUUUUGCUGCAUGCUUGGAUUAUAUAUUCUAUCAACAGGCUCGAUUUGAAGUACUUCGAUAUGUACCAUUGCCAACGGAUGAACAAUUGAAGGCAAAUAGUGCCAUACCAUCGGUAGUCAUUCCUUCAGAUCAUGUUGCUUUAAUAGCUGACCUUAGAUUUAAGACAGAAUUGUCUGCCUAAAAUAAUUCAAUUUUUAAUCAGUGAUUGUACUAAGCAUUUAAAC